AUGUCUGCUGGUAAAGACUACGUACCACAAUUAAAGACAUUGAUUGAUAAACAUGAUGUAGAGACAUUUGAGCGUUUAUACAAGAAUGUAAUCCAUGAGCUUGAUAUUUAUGAACAAAAUGAACUCUUAUUCCGAACGUGCCGUUUAGGACCAGUUGAAAUCUUUCAAAUUUUAUUUAAAAUGCAGGAGAUUAAGGACCUUAACAAUGUUUUACACCCAACUACAAAAUCCACCCUCUUACAUUAUGCAAUUAAGUAUGAGCAACAUAAAAUCAUCGAUUAUCUUCUAUCUUCAAACUCAUCGUGUUAUAACGUAAAAAAUGUUUUCGGUGAAACUUGUUUGUCCGUUGCAAUUGCUCUUCAAAAUUUGGAUGUGGUCAGACACCUUUUACAUCAUAUCAGUGCUGAAGCAAUUGAUAAAGAUUUGACCACUCACGCUAUUUGCCACUGUAUAAAUGAAAUUCGGAUAACAGCAACACUGUCAGCUCACAAAGCGUUUGAAAUUGUACAAGUUCUUGUCGCACAUGCAUCAAAUAAUUUAUCCGAUCAAGUUAUUUCGAAAGCAGUGCAUGAAUUAGUCAAACGUCUGAGUUGGUUAUAUUCAAUCAUCCUAAGCGAUAACCAAUGGUUAUACUUAAAUGAGAUAAUUCGCUAUUUUGUUGAAAAACUAAAAUGUUCACUCAGUCAUAAGGACAAAAACAAUUGCACAACACUGAUGCUAGCAUGCCGCACAUCUUCGGUGUCACUCGUUGAGUAUUUGUUUGAAAAAGGAUUACAUUACAGUGUUAACGAUCAAGAUUCAAACGGUGAAACAUGUCUGUUCUAUGCUGUUGAAAGAAAUAAUAAUAUGGAUAUGAUUGAUCUCCUGAUUGAUAAGUACGAAGCAUUAGUUGAACUUCGUAACGGGAAAAAUUUAACAGCUCUACAUAAGGCAAUUCGUCUGAACAGUUUUCAAAAUGUCAAACAUUUGCUUACAAAAUUAGAUGAUGUCCAAAAAUAUUUUUCGUAUGCCUGCCAGUACUCAUCUGUUGAUAUUACUCAGUUAUUCUUACAACACCAACACCAACUACAAACCAUCGAAAAAGAGAAAGCUCUAGACUGUGCGUUAAAAAAUGAAAAUAAAAACGAUUCCUUGAGAAUACUUGGUGUUUUAACAAACUCUGCCACAAAUCUCGAGAAAUGCUCGUAUGGUGUUCAUGAGUUAAAACGAGUACAAACCCAAGUGGGAAUUAUUGGUGCCGGUCCAGCAGGUCUUAUGCUUGCUCAUCUUCUCUUACUAAAUGGAAUUGAUUCGAUUAUAAUUGAACGCAACAUUCAGUCGAAUUUGGAAGGGCGAAUUCGAGCCUGUGUUUUUGAACAAGACACACUGGACCUUCUCGAUCGUAUCCAUUUCAAAUCGAUCAAUGGUCGACGUUUACAUCUUGAAGGUCUAAUGUAUCAUGGAAUUCGCAUGCAGUUCAAUGGCAAACGUUUUCGUUUGCCUUUAUCAAAAUUAACCAAUGGGAAAGCAGUAACAGUUUACGGACAACACUUGCUAAUAGAAGAUUUGAUAACGGAUUUGAAACUGAAGGGUGUACAAAUGUACUUUCAGGUCAAAAAUGUCGAAAUUGAACGUUUAGAUAGUGAACGUCCAAUGAUUCGAUUUCACCAUUCCGAAACAGACUAUGAAAUGCAUUGCGAUUUCGUUGCUGGGUGCGACGGCUUUUACGGAGUGUCACGUGCAUCAAUUCCUCGUGAAAUAUUGACAGAAUACGAACGAAAAUAUCCUUUUGGUUGGCUAUGUGUUUCGGUCGCUGUUGAACCGUCUUGCGAAGAACUAAUUUAUUCUUAUCACCAACACGGUUUUGCCUUGUACAACAAACGAUCGAAUGAGUUGAGUCGAUUCUAUUUGCAAGUUAGCACUGGAGAUUCAAUCGAAGACUGGUCCGAUGAACGAAUAUGGGAACAGUUGCAUCUUCGCUUGAAUAUGACAGAUCCACAUUGGACAAUAAAACAAGGACAGAUAUUGGACAAAACCAUAUUUAGCGUAAGAACAUUUAUGGUGGAACCAAUGCAGUAUAAACAAUUGUUCUUGGUCGGAGACGUGGCUCAUAUCAUGCCACCGACAGGUGCAAAAGGAAUGAAUAUGGCCAUUGCUGAUGCCAAAGUGUUAUCGGAUGCUCUUUCUGAAUGGUACAUGACAGACUCAAAUGACCAAAUUCAAAGCUAUUCCGAAAAAUGUUUACAUCGGGUUUGGCUUGCACAGGAAUUUGCCAUGUCCAUGUCGGAACUUCUCCACCGGAAUUUUGAUUUAGAAAGCAAGAACGAUGGGUUCGAUCAACAAAUGAUUCAUGCUCGUCAACGGCAUCUUGCUCAAUCAGAACAUGUUCAGAGAGCAUUUGCUCAUAUGUAUACCGGUACACCUUUUUGA